CUUGACAUUGCUUGACAUCUGUCAUAAAGGCUGAUUAGGUCGAUUUGGUGAAGGAAAUUUUGUUAUUAUCGGCACAUAAUAAUCAAAAGCAGCGAUGGAUGUCAGCCCUUUCUUCCGUACUCCUUUCACAGAUUUGACAGGUUGCCUUAUCAGUCACCAGUGGUAUGGCAGGUGUGCAGACUUGGAGUUGAAGACUGUUGAAUGUUUGGAAGCGUAUGGCAUGGAGAGAGGCCUCAGAAAGUGCAGUGAUCUUAUGCAGGAUUUCCGCGAGUGCGGAUUCCGCACUAAGCAGAUCAGUCGUAACGUGGCGAUGAGGGAUGAAAGGGAGCGACAGUACAAAGCGGGAGAACGCAGCGCAGCGAACUUGUAUGCAGAACCACCAAAACUAGACAGUUUCUAACUGCACUAUCUUAAAUAAUACAAUACGAACUGUAGUUAUGUUGUAAAUAAAUUGAAUAACAGGUAUUAUUACAAAA